UUAUUGGAGUGUUAAUGGAAGACAAUAUACUUAACUUUUUCAAUGAACUGGCUACUUUCAGAAAAGAUGUAGUCCGCAACCCUUAUGAGAUACAACAAGAAAUUCCUAAGCCAAAGCCGAGAAGGAACAAAAAGAAGGGUAAAAAUGACGAAAAAUCCGGUGGAAAAGCUGAUGGAAAGCCUCGACUUGAGAUAAAAGACACUAAGGAGUCAUACAUUGACCUUCUCCAAAAGUUGUCUAAAGCAGGAGAGAAUGCCAAAGCAUACUCCAAGCCCAAGGAUAGGCCAGAUACUAAAGGAGAGAAGAAGCAGAAGAUCUCUCAGUUUAAGCAGAACAAGAGCAAGCGUAAUAAAAUUAAGAAGUGGAAAGCCAAGGAACAGAGCAAGAAAGAAGACAGCAAGAACGAAAAUUAAU